AUGCACUGGGUUAUACUGACGGCUGACCGCACAGCCGCCCAGUCGUCGACGUCAGGAGGUCGCUGCCUCGAACGGACGCUCCGCACAACGGAUCCGUUGCCGCUGAAUAGUUCGCUUAUCAAGCACCUGUUGCGCAAACAGAGCCCUGAUCCGCGUGCGAAACGUUUUGUGCUUCGCUCGCCUUUCGAAAACCACAGCAUCGCACUGAGGGUCUUGCGUAGAAGCGACACCUCCCCAGCGAGCUGGGACGAAGUUGACGUCGUCUACCUUGCACCGGAGCUCGUGCUCGAUCGCGUUGUUUCCGACGAGGCUGCGGCAGUGCUGAGAUGCGACCCGUCGAUAACGCAUCUAAAGCGUGCGCUGUGCACGCAGCGCGCUUUGACGCCUCCAGCACCCGUUCUCCUGGUGGACUGCUUCGGGCCUGGCGUCUACGUGCACGAUGCGUUGUGCUGGCUGCAGCGAGCGGACGACACACGGGCGUGGAUGGAGCCGGCACUGAUCCUCCGAUUGCAGGCGGCAACUCUGUGGUCAAGCGGCAGCGAUGCCAUGGAGCUGCUCUCGAGCCUCGAGCGCUUGUUGAACGAGCCAGCCUUUCAUGCCACUCCUGCCCUGCUGGUGGUCGACGAUGUGGACAUCGUCGUCGAGCAGCACGCGUUCAACGGUGUGCUUGUGCACCUCGAGACGAUCCGCGAUGAAACCCCGGUACCGCUGCUGCUCGUGCGCUAUCUGGACCGCACCACAGAACCCGCACCUGCCGUCGAGUCCCUGCUCGGUGAACGCGGCCUGCAUGUGGAGGUAUCGCAACCCUUUGAAAACCCGGCACAAUGGCGUGACUUGUGCGAGGUAAACAAGGCAUCGGCAACGUGCGACUUUGGACCCAAUCAUGUGGAGCAUGCGACUUGGCAGCAGAAAAUGUCCGCGGAAAUCCCCAUGUCACCGGCGAACAUGCUCUACGGCGGAUACAUUCCCUGGCCGCAGCCGCAGCACCAGCACCAGCAACCUCCGCAGACAAGCUGCAGUAUCAGUGAGCACGACGACCAUGCGGACCAAGUUUACAUCGUACCGCGACGUUCGUGGCACGAACUCUCUCGCCUCAUCGCGAUCAUGAAUAGUCGCUCUUGGCCUAGCACCGACACCAUUGCCGUUCGCCCGACUGGGGCCUUGCUCUACGGACCACCGGGCUGCGGGAAAACCGCUCUGCUUCGUCAAAUGAUGGCGGUAUUUCGGACUAGUGAUUUCGAGUUCGUGACUGCAGCAGACGUGUCUCGGGCGCUGGUUGGCGAGUCGGAACGCCUGCUCGGUGCACGCUUCACUGGGAGAGCGCGCGGAAUGCGCCUCGGCAUGCUCGUGUUUGAUGAGGCCGACGCCCUCUUCCCCGGAAGACAUGUCCCGAACGCUGGACUAAAGCACCUCAGUGGUGCACUGCUAGAACAUCUCGACAAACUGCGUCGCUCAGAUCACCGUCUGUUGGUCUUCCUGGCCACGAAUCGUCCGUGGCAACUUGACCGAAGCCUCUUCCUCGGUGACAAAUUCGACUGCCUGCUGUACCUGGGUCCACCGGGCCCAUCGUGCCGUGCACAGCUCCUGCGCCGACUCAAGCUGCUCCCCGCAGGUACGACGUGCGAUGGGGAUUUGCUGGUCGCCCGUACAGCCGGUUUCUCGUACGCUGACCUGCUGAGUAUUCGCAGUAGAAUGCAACGCACGCACAAGAGCGCCUUGGAGACGGUUUCCACGAUCCAGCCUUCGGUAUCGCGGGAAGAGCGGAUGCGCUUUGAACACUGGAAUACGAUGCUGCAAAGUUAUGGCGUUGAGAUUCUGGAGCCAUCCAGUGAAGAAGCGCUCGAUCCAUUGCCAUGGGACGCGCAAGCGGAAGACGCCCGAGUGCGUCAGGUAGCCAGUGAGGUCGCGUAUCGCGGCGUUUGCGAGCAACGAACACACUCAUACUAG